UGUACGCCGGGGGAGACAGCGGACACAUCACAAGCAGCCUCGUCCAAGAAGCGGCGACGGAACGGUCCAACAUCAUGUGCAAGUCCCCGCUCCACGACCUUCUCGUGGCCCUGCCCAAAGUCGAGCAUCACUUGCACGUCGAAGGCACGCUCGAGCCGCCGCUGCUGUUCGCCCUCGCGGCCAAGAACAAUGUCGCGCUGCCCGACGACCCGGCGUAUGCCUCGCCCGAGGCCCUGCUCGCCCGCUACGCGCACUGGACGUGCCUCGACGACUUCCUGCACUACUACUACCAAGGCAUGAGCGUCCUCGUCACAGCCGCCGACUUCGAGGCCCUCGCCUGGGCGUACUUUGUCAAGGCCGCAGCCCAGCGCGUCCGCCACGCCGAGGUCUUCUUCGACCCCCAGGCGCACACGGCCCGUGGCGUCUCAUACGACACCGUUGUCGAGGGGCUCGGCGCGGCUAAGAGGCGAGCCGUCGGUGAGCUCGGUAUCACGGUCGAGUACAUUGUCUGUGUCCUGCGACACCUGCCGCUCGCCGACUCGCACGUCCUCGUCGAUACGGUCCUGGACCGGGGCCACCUCUCACCCCCUCAUCAUCCUCCUGCUGCUCUUGCCGGUGCCGGUGCUACCGCCACCCAAGAUGUUGCCAACAGCAGCGUGCUCGCGGGCUUCGGUAUGGUGUCGAGCGAAAAGGACUUUCCCCCGGAGCUCUUCAAGGAGCUCUACGCGCGGGUCGCUCUCACGGGGACACGACUGACGGCCCACGCCGGCGAGGAAGCCGGGCCCGAGUUCGUCACCGCGUCACUGGACCACCUGGGCGUCGAGCGCAUCGAUCACGGCCUUUCGGCCGCGCGGGACCCGGCGCUGGUGACGCGCCUGGCCUCGUCGGGCACGCUGCUGACGCUAUGCCCGUGGUCCAACGUGCGACUGUGCAACAUCCCCGAGCUGGGCCACGCCCCCGUGCGGGCGUACCUGGACGGCGGCGUGCGCUUCAGCAUCAACAGCGACGACCCGGCCUACUUUGGUGCCUACAUCCAGGAGGUCUACUGCCGCGUGCAGGACGAGUUCGCCCUCUCCGUCGCCGACUGGGAAUGGAUACUCCGCGGCGCCAUCGACGCCAGCUGGUGCCGCGACGAGAGAAAGGGCCAGCUCGUCGCCGAGCUGGACGUCGUGCUGGCCGAACACAGGUCCCUCGGCCGGGUACUCCAGACGUAAAAGGGGGGGGGGGGGGGGGAUAUAGACGGGCGGUGUUCUUUUUAACAUGGAAAAGGCCUGCCGUGGGAGGAAGUGGUGGCGGAUGUGGACGCGGACGUCGAGAAUACCAAUGGCCACGGCCGCUGAUGACGGAGAGGGAUGUGAGUACUAUGACAGCGACAGCGAUGGCGUCGAUGAUGAUGAUGAUGAUGAUGAUGAUAUGCGCACGUUCAACACGAAAAGAUACCCUAGUUGAUGACCUGCC